GUGUGGCUGCUGUGGAGCGCUGCGUCCUCGCUACAAAAGACUCGUGGACAAUAUCUUCCCGGAGGAUUCAGAGGAUGGUCUGGUCAAAGCGAACAUGGAGAAGUUGACCUUCUACGCACUUUCAGCCCCAGAAAAACUGGAUCGCAUUGGUGCCUACCUCUCGGAGCGGCUCAGCAGGGAUGUGUCCAGGCACCGCUAUGGCUACGUCUGCAUCGCCAUGGAGGCCCUGGACCAGCUCCUCAUGGCCUGUCAUUGCCAAAGUAUUAACCUGUUCGUGGAGAGUUUUCUGAAGAUGGUGGCCAAACUGCUGGAGUCCGAGAAGCCAAACCUCCAGAUCCUGGGGACGAAUUCUUUUGUUAAGUUUGCCAACAUAGAAGAGGACACCCCGUCCUACCACCGCAGCUACGACUUCUUUGUGUCCCGCUUCAGCGAGAUGUGUCACUCUAGCUAUGAAGAUAUGGAGAUCAGGACAAAGAUCCGGAUGGCAGGAAUUAAAGGUCUUCAGGGAGUUGUCAGGAAGACGGUGAACGAUGAGCUUCAGGCCAAUAUCUGGGAUCCUCAGCACAUGGAUAAGAUUGUGCCGUCAUUACUGUAUAACCUCCAGAACAUUGAAGAAACAGAAAGUCGGUCGCCAUCGCCACUGCAGGGCACGGACAAGGAGAAAGAAAGCCCAGCAGAACUGGCCGAGCGAUGUCUGCGGGAACUACUGGGCAGGGCGGCCUAUGGGAACAUCAAGAACGCCAUCAAGCCUGUACUCAUGCACCUUGAUAACCAUUCCCUCUGGGAGCCCAAGGUCUUCGCCAUACAAUGUUUUAAGAUCAUCAUGUAUUCAAUACAGCCGCAGCAUUCACACCUGGUGAUACAGCAACUAUUGAGCCACCUGGAUGCUAACAGUAAAAGUGCCGCCACUGUCCGGGCUGGAAUCGUUGAGGUCCUGUCUGAAGCCGCCGUCAUUGCAGCCACUGGAUCUGUGGGGCCCACGGUGCUGGAAGUGUUUAACACGUUGCUCAGACAGCUGCGGCUGAGUAUUGACUAUGAGCUGACCGGCAGCUACGACUCCGCUGUCAACAUUGGGUCCAAGAUUAUCAAAGAACAUGAGGAGAGAAUGUUCCAGGAGGCCGUCAUCAAGACCAUAGGAUCAUUUGCCAGCACGUUGCAUGCAUACCAGAGGUUCGGAGGUUCAUGACUGUUUAUAAUGGGGAUGCCGCUUCCUUCAAUGCAUCAUCAAUGCGAGCCUUUAAAACCCAG